AUGGAGAAUAAUUAUACACCCAUCUCCCCUCAAUCGCCUAACGUCUUUCGUCCCCGCCGAUCGGAUGACUGGCAUGAAUAUCGUGAAAUCAUUGAGCAACUCUACCGCAAUGAUCAGUUGAAACUACGCGAUGUGAAACGCAUCAUGGAGAGAGAUUAUAAGUUCUUUGCAUCAGAGAAACAAUACAAAGAUCGUCUGGCGGCAUGGCAUGUUCGAAAGAACAUCAAAGCCAAAGAAGUUCAUCUCAUGCUUCGCAAGCAACAGAAACGGGCCGCCCAAGGCAAACAAACCGCCUUCCGGGUAAAUGGUCAGAACGUCGACCCCAAACGUAUCGCCCGCUUCGUGCGUCGUUAUGGAACGUCGUGGGAUAGCAAUCGAGGGAAAGAACCAGAGACAGAACCUCAAAGCCCCGAGCCUCAAACACCAUCCGACAUGACCUGCUAUACACCCGAACCAACAGACGAACACAGCAUGACUACACCAAUCUCCCCAAUUCCCGACAUGCAAUCACCAACCCGAGAGAUGCCGCCCUACCCGCUCGGCUCAUACGGUAAAUCCACGGCCGUUCCGGUGAGUGUGCCUGUACCGAAUGAUAUUGAUGGAAGAUAUUUCGCUCUAGACCCAAACCACCUCGAAAACCUCCCCGAUCUGGAAUUGGAAGAAUCUCCGGCCAUGUCGAUGUCUAUGCACUCAACUCAGCCUCGUCAUAUCCCGUCCUACCACCAUUCAAUAGGCAAUCAUCUCUCUCACCCACAUGGGGCACACGGUGCACACGGGGCACAUGCAUCUCACACGCACAGCUCUCAUGGUCCUGUACACAGCGCUCACGCUCCUCAUGCUGUAGGCGUGCAAGGUUUACAGGGUGUGCACAACUCUCACCCUGCGCAUGGUCACCCUGGACCGGCACCGAGGGAUCUCGAGGAUGCCCCUGGUGAAGAAGACACCCACCCGCCUGACUGGAACACGGUCGAGUCGUUCCAGACGAGGUUACAGGAUUUGGAUUAUACGCUUACGCAGUCGAUGUCGAAGUGGGCCAGGGAUCAGGAUCCUAAUCAAGAGAUUCCUCACCACGAGGGAUUGGGGAUGUGA